AUGUACAGAGAGCGAGGAGGCGUGGGAUCCAAAUCGGAGGUAACUUCCGCUGAUCGGAAGCGAAUCAACGACGUGCUCGAUAAACAGCUUGAACGGUCCUCGCCGUCCACAUCCAGAGCCGCCACCAUCAACGGCAAGGACCGCUCAUCCUCCUCAUCCCUCUUAGCCGCCGCCAAAGACUCCCGCUCCACCUCCGUCACCGCUCCCAUCUCCAAGAAUUCCAACGCUUCCGACGGUUCGAGAUUUCUCCCUCUCUCACGAUCUGAUCUAUUUUUAUUGCCAAUCUCGCCAACCGAAUCCUUAUUCUUUUUCGGAAGAAUUAAAAAGUGUGAGCGUUGGUCUUGUUGCUCACGUAGGAACGAAUCCUGUUAUGCUAUGGACUUUAGGAUAGGACAGUGGUUCGGGCAUGCAUGGAGAAAAAGAGUUGAAGAUUGGAGUGUGAAUCAUGUGGAGGGAAAUCCUUUGACUAGAGUAUUGCCUGCCACCCGCACUGCGAAUAAUCAGGGUAGAGGGGGCUUUGGCCGUGGUCGGUGGCAGCAAGGGUAUCAAAAUUAUAGAGGAGCUGGCCUUCUUCCUCGUCCUGGACAUUAUCCUCAGAGGCAGAAUUUUGGAUAUGGAAAUAGAUUUCAGAACGGUCGCCAUGAUGAGCGCUUUGUCUCUGAGUUGAAGCUUUCAAAAAGUGAAGAAACUCUGUCAAGAAAGUGCAUUGCUUUUCAGGAGCCUUGUGAAAUUGCGUGCUAUAGUCGUGUAGAAGGUGGAGAAGUGUACUUUGACGACCGGAGCAUAAGACUUUUUAAGCGCCAUAUUACUGAGGAUGUUGGUGCUGAUUUGAAUGAAGGUUAUGAUACAUUCAUUCCCAAAAAAGACUUAGGCUCAGAGGGUUUUGGUGAUCUUCUUGCUUGCAUUAGAGACAAAAAUGUCCCUCUUCAAAACAUUCAUUUUGUGACAUUCCGCAACAAUCUUAACAAGAUACUAGCAACAGCUUAUAUCCGUCACGAGCCUUGGGAAAUGGGAGUGCACAAAAGGAAUGGUGUUGUCUAUCUUGAUGUGCAUAAGUUACCAGAAAGACCGCAAAGUAAUUUAGAUCGUAGGAGGUGUUAUGUAGGAUAUUGUUUUGAGAGCCUUGCCACUGAAGACCCUAGAAGAGCAGAUGGAGAAGGGAUACAUCAUGUUGAUGCCAAUGUUGAAUUCUGUUCUGUGAUCAAGACAAAAUUAGGAGCUCACCGCAUCUUAAUGGGUGCUGAGAUGGAUUGCUGUGAUUCGACCAAUGAUGGAAAGAGAUUUUAUGUGGAGUUAAAGACAAGUUGUGAGUUAAAUUAUCAUUCUGAGGAAAGAUUCGAGAGAGAGAAACUGUUGAAGUUUUGGAUUCAAUCAUUUCUGGCAGGUGUUCCAUAUAUUGUCAUAGGAUUUAGGGAUGAUGCGGGGCGACUUGUUCGGACCGAAAGACUUAGAACCAAAGAUAUAACUCAGAGAGUAAAAGUGAAGAACUAUUGGCAGGGAGGUGUAUGCUUGGCAUUUGCUCAUGAGGUAUUAUGCUGGCUGUAUGGAACAGUCAAAGAAGGUGAAGAUUACAUUUUGCAAUUUGCUCCACCUUUCAACCGUUUGGAGCUUCUACAAGCCCAGUCCUGCCCAGAUGUAAUUACUAGUCAUUUGGAGCUGUUGUGA